AUGAGUAGCAGCAAAAGAAACUCGUUGGUUAGUAAGAUAACGGAGGAAUUUAAACGGCUGGAGAAACUCUUCACUGAUAUCCGAUCUUCUAUCGCCUCUUUGGAAUCCCUUAGGCGACGCGCUGAGAAGGCUGAAAACCCCAUUGAAAAGGACCCAGCUCUGCUUAAUUAUGUGAAUUUGACAACGGUCAAUCGUGUGGUGGCCAGUUUUUCCCUCAGUAUCGCGAAUUCCGUCGAGAAGCUCUCGGAUGAGGUCAGUCAACUGUUUACUGAGACGGCCAGUCUUCUGAAACUACUCGACUCGUUGACCGAGGAGUUACAAGAGGCCUGCCACAACCAGAUACAGAACUUUCUUGUCUUCAACGAAUUGAUUAUAGCCGUUAAUGAGGUUCGAGAAAUACUCAUUCAGGAGAUGGAUCUGACAUGUUAUAGUGCCUGCCUUCACAUCUCCCCCACCCUUGUACCGCCAGUGGCGCCAGCAUUUCAUUUGGCCUCCUCUUAUCUUUCAGAACGUAGUAUAACUUUCUCUUUAUGGCGAGAGGAGGUCGCGCCUAUGUUUAGUGUUUGUAAAAUGUAG